AUGGAUACCCAACAAGGUAAUGUCCCUAACAAAAAGGCUUCAAGGAGCCAUAGGGUGUGGAGGAAAUCCGAAGAGGAUGCCCUCAUGAAAUGCAUGGUAGCCGAAAUAAGUGACAAAUGGAGCGCGGAUAAUGGGUUUAAACUCGGGUUCUUCACGUUACUUGAGAAAGAGAUGGCGAAGAUCAUGCCGGAGAGCAAUAUUAAGGCCUCCCCCCACAUUAACUCCAAAGUCAAGUAUUGGAGACGAACAUAUGCCAAAAUAUGUGACAUUGUGGGACUUAGUGGGUUUGGGUGGGACCAUGUCAACAAAAGGAUUGACGUGGAUGAUGAUGUGUGGAAAAUCUACGAAGAGGCCAACCCUAAGAAGGUCAAAGAGGUGGGUGGGAAGCGUUUCCCUUAUUUUGAUGAUUGGGAAAUCAUCUUUGGAAAGGAUAGGGCUAAUGGGUGUGGAGCGGAGGCUCCUGCAUAA